UUUUUGUAAAGGUCGAUUUUCCUCUGGGCUUUAUGCCCUCAGUGAAACUGGACAUAUGCCUUGUUUUUUGGGCCGAAUAAAAUCUGUGUGUUAUAGGUCUUUUGUCUCAGGCAGAAAUCAAAGCAGCGGAAGUAAGCAGGCACACCGAUUUUCAAAGUUAUAUGGUUUUAUCUGUUUGUACCUUUCAAUGUCUACUUGUCAGUUGUGUAUCUCCAGAUUGGUGGGGGUGAAGAUUUUACCAUCGAAUUCUCUACUUUAUCAACGGACCCUUGUUCGUGCAGUGAGUUGUGACCGAGGAGUCGGGAAUUAGCAGGCAGUAACAUUGGGGCUCCUGUAUUUUUUUUCAGAGCCAAAAAGCCCUUGAUUUGUUUGUUACUAAGAGACUAAAGUCAGUCUUUGAUUCUCUCUCUCAUUGAAGGAAAUAGAGAUGGCUGGAGUGAUAAUGAAGUUUUUCGUCACCUCAAUGCUUAUGUGGAUGGCUCCUGUCGCAAUCCUAUAUGCUUUUAACCAUGACUUGAUACCCGGUAUAACCAAAUUGUCUCCCCAUUCCUUGACACUGAUGAGCGGAUUUGUUGCUGUCAUUUCCGUCAAUAUAGUCAUCGCAUUCUACAUUUAUAUGGCAAUAAAGGAACCCUCAGAUAAACAUGAGCCAGAUCCAGCAUUUCUUGCUGAGGCCGAAGCUAGUGUAAGCCAGUCUGCAGGUAAAGUUGGGGAUUCCUCCCAGUCGGUAAAGAAAGAAGAGUAGGUCGGAUGAGGCACUUGGAGGGGGGAGGGCGUGGAAUUGAAUUUGAAGCUGCGCUUGCAACUUUCGUCGUUUGUUAUAGAUGCCUGAGUUUUGACGCCGUUGUCAGAAUUUUCUUAUAUCAUGACACAUUAAUUCUUAGUGUUUGAUAUUGUAGUUAUUUUUGCGGUUGUGGUUUUGAGAAAAACAAAUUUAAAAAAAGUUAUAAAUUGUAGUUUUUUUCAAA